AUGUCUCGCCCUCAGGUCAGCAUCGACCGGCUUAUGCCUCGCCGCGCGACAAUCGAACCGCGCGAGGCAAUGAACUGCAAAUCUUGUCGCAAACGAAAGAUCAAAUGCAAUCGUCUGCGACCGAGCUGCGAGGCCUGCAAGGUCUUUCAAAGUGCCUGCGUUUAUGAUGCCAUCCCGAAAAAGCGCGGCCCCAAAACAGAUGUGCUGGAAGCCCUACUGAAGCGCGUCGAUGGUCUGGAAAAAAGACUCCAGGAUGAAAAGAAUCCCAUCUCGCCUACCUCCCCGGAUCAGAAACCGGAGGAGCUCCCGCUAAGCCAGCCAAAUGGCCGUCGCAAUACCAUUGAUGCCUCGGCUUUUUCGCCAUAUCCAUCCGGGGAGUCGCGACCGUCAAUAUCCACGCCUAUAUCGCAGUCAGAGCAGUUCCCGAGGUCGGGAGGACAUGGCUCGUCGCUGAACUUUGCCCAGCCACCCCCGACACAGAAUGGCGUGUUAUCUGAAAUGCUGUUGGACACCUUCUUCGCACGAUUACAUGGAAAGCCAUUUUUCAUCUUGGAUGAGCCUAGUACGCGACAGCGCCAUCAAUCAAAUCAGCUCUCGCCACAUUUGGCUAUGGCUAUCUCGGCCAUGACGUUGAGGUAUACACACACGAUUGGUCAACCGGAACAAUCCUUACACAUGGGCUUGGAUGCUGCUUUACAAGCGCGCCGGAUGGUUGACGUGGAUAACCCGACAGUCGAAGCCUUACAGACCCUACUUUUAUUAUCGCAGGCUUUCUUUGCCUACGGAAUGGGAAAGAAAGCAUAUAUGACAUUUACAAGCUGCGUGGCUAUGGUAGUCGCUUUGGAUUUGCUGCGCGAAGUGCCAUCCAAAGCUAGCCUAACGUUACAGGAGCGUGAGAUGAGACGCCGACUAUUUUGGGCAGUAUACCUUAUGGAUCGCUUUAUUGUUUGUGGAUCACGUCGUCCGUGCCUCAUCUCAGACCACUCUAUCGUCCUACGUCUACCUUCAUGGUCUCCCCACGCGGCGGGUCUGAACAUGGAAGGAGAAUUGUUCCAUGUUGGUCCCAACAUUCAAUACUCCGCAGACUCGCGCCGAAAGUCUCCGAGUGCUGCAUCGUUGCUCAUCGACAUUACCCGAAUUUUGGGGGUGACAAAUCGGUAUUUGGCUGCCGGUGGAGUCAAGGGGGACUCCCAUUUCCCUUGGCAUGCUCUUUCGAACCUGUCCAAGAUUCGACAGGAGUUGGAUAUAUGGGCCGCAGGGACACAGGAUGUAUUUGCAUCGAUUGAGACAUUAUUUGGUCAUCGUGAGAGUACCACGCUACUACUCAGCAAGUUGAUCUAUCAUCUGGUCCACUGUUUGCUGUAUCGUCCAUUCUUGCCCAUCGACCUAGUGGAGCUUAGAGGGACGGGCCAACACCAAUCGUGGCAGAUCGAGGCUACAAACUUAUGUUUCUCCCACUCGAACGCCAUCGCCGAGCUCGUUGAAUUGGGCCGCAAUUCUCCACUUGUCGAGUGGCCUGCCUUUGUCGGAUAUUGUGUUUGUACGGCGGGCACUGUUCAUGUUCACGGUGUGCACUAUAAAGGCCGCGAGGGUGAGGUCUUCUCAUCCAGUGCCGAGUUCCUGACUCGUGAGAUGCACCAAUUGACUUGGCUGCGCACUGCUUGGGCAGGAGUGCAACAUCAACGCGAACUGCUUCAAACCAUCUAUACCUGUCACGCAGAGCUGGUGCGCAAUCUUGCAAGCAGCCCAAUGCGCUUUUCACCUGUGUUCCAUCUCGAGGAUUUCCUGGACAGAUAUCCGGGCUUGACAGUGGAUGGAGCACAUGUUCGAUUACUGGAUUCCGGGGACGAGCUACGCCCAAGUGCCUCAAACCUGGUCGACCGUCAAGAACACUACUACCAACGCCCAAUGGGACCCCCAUCAUUCCAAAAUCCAGGAUUCUACCCUGACAGACCAACACCCCCCUUCCAAAAAAAUCAAACUCCCGACUCCGAAAGACAUAACUCAAUACCGAAAAUCCAAUCCCAACCAACGCUCUCCCCAGCCCUCCAAUUCCACCAACCACAAUCCCAAUCCCAUCCAUCUCCCUCUCUCUCUUCGAUUUUCCCAGUCCAAUCAACAACAGACCUAUCUCCGACAGACAACAGCCACCUCGCCCUCCCCUUCUCCCCAUCAGCAUUCGGUCUCUCACCGCCAGCCUUCCUAACGGAUCCAAGCCUAAUAGCCCCAACCCCACCUUCAAAUCCACAAUAUGCUACCUUUCCCUUUGACGCACCAAAUCCAAAUAUGAAUGGUACUACGGCCUUGACGCCUGGUGCACAAUCACAGACGUCUGGUUCGCAUACUGCUGGUAGUGAAACGGGUAGUUUAGAGAAGGAUCCGUUUCUUAGUUUGUUGGAGCAGUUGGCUGAGAAUGAAAAUUCGCAGGGUGGGCCCAGUGAGCUUGAUUUCUUUUUGACUGGGGUCGAGCAGGAAGGGGAUAUUAAUGAGGCUGAGAAGGAGUUGUGA